AUGGUUUACGUCGGUAUUCCACAGAACUACACCGCCUCGCCAUCCUCCUUCGCGGGGACACCGUCUCUGACGAUCAACUAUGAGGCCACUCAGGAUCUCGACUCGACCAAUGCCUUCGAGGGUCCCGAGAAGCUUCUCGAGGUUUGGUUUGCGCCAUCUGCUGCCGAACUAGGCGCCGCCGGUCCGGAGGGUCUCAAGAAAGUCCCCGGAGAAAUUUGGAAGGACAUGCUGGACCUCGUCAACUGCCAGGUGCUCUCUGUCAUCUCUUCUGAGGAGAUGGAUGCGUACCUUCUGUCAGAGUCCAGCAUGUUCGUUUGGCCACACAAGCUGAUUCUGAAGACAUGCGGAACCACCACUCUGCUGUCCGGUCUUCCCCGCAUUUUGGAGAUCGCUGCCUUGUUCGCCGGGUUCCCUCGCGCGACGGCUCCUCCAUCUCGGGGUAUCACCGUGGCUGCGGCCCCUUACCGAGUCUUCUACAGCCGCAAGAACUACCUGUUCCCUGAUCGUCAGCGUGGCCCUCACCGCAGCUGGCGCGACGAGGUGCGCUCCAUGGACAAGUUGUUCGUCAACGGCAGCGCCUACAUGAUCGGCAAAAUGAACGGAGAGCAUUGGUACCUGUACCUCACUGAGCCUGGCACUAUGCUUACUCCACCGGCCAGUCCCAAGGAGGAAGUCACCUUCCAAGAGACCGAGACCAAGGUCCUCAGCUACCCUGGUGCUACCCCGCGCACCGACUGCAAUGAGCAUGACGAGACUCUCGAAGUUCUGAUGACCGACCUCGAUGAGGAAAACGCGAAACAGUUCUACCUAGAGAACGCCACUGUUGUGGCCGAGAAGCGUCACCGCGAGAAGGAUGAUGGCAAUGACCACUUGGAUGUCUUCAGCAACACCUCCGACAUGGAUGAGGAGACCGGUGGCAUUCUGCCGCCCGAGCUGACCACCGAGGGCCAUGCCCUAGGAACUAUCGUCUCCGAGGCAUGCGGCUUGUCCGACGUGUAUCCCAAGAGCAAGUUCCCCGACGCUCGCAUUGAUGCCUACUUGUUCACGCCUUGUGGCUUCUCCGCCAACGGCGUUGUGCCAGCUCCUGAUGACAAGGGUCCAAUCCACUAUUUCACUGUGCACGUUACUCCGGAGCCUCAGUGCUCGUACGCGUCUUUCGAGACCAACGUCCCGCACUCCCAGAGUGGCAAGGCUACCGCCGAUAUCAUCAAGCAGGUUGUUGAGAUCUUCAAGCCUGGCCGUUUCAGCAUCACCCUGUUUGAGACCAAGCCCGCCCUUGAUGAGGUCGAGGAGGCCACUGGCGCGCAUGACCAGGUCCACGCUCAGCGCCAGGCUUCCCGCCGCAGCAACAAGAUGGAGCACGUCGAAGGUUACCGCCGCGUCGACCGUAUUGUCCACGAACUGAACGGUUAUGAUCUUGUGUUCCGCUACUAUGAACGCAAUGACUGGAAAGGGGGGGCACCCCGACUCGGAGAGAAGUUCUAA